AUGGUUCCGCAAAAGCGAUCUCGCGACGACCUGAACGGGCUCAAAUCGCCAGUCAGGAGUCCUAAAAAAAUUGCCAUGCCGGCCGCCACCUCCGCUUCGAAUGGAGUGGUUGCUGGAUGGCACUCCACCAUUGAGAAGGUCGUCAAGUCGGUCGUAUCCAUCCAGUUUGCCCAGGUGGCCUCUUUCGACUGCGAGAGCGCCGUGGUCAGUGAAGCCACGGGCUUCGUGGUCGAUACAGAGAUGGGAAUCAUCAUGACCAACAGACACGUUGUGGGAGCCGGUCCCUUCUGUGGAUACGCUGUGUUCGACAACCACGAGGAGUGUGAGCUGGUGCCCAUCUAUCGAGACCCCGUCCACGAUUUUGGUUUCCUCAAGUUCGACCCUUCCAAGAUCAAGUACAUGAAUGUGCAAAAGCUGCGUCUGUGCCCCGAAAAGGCUCAGGUUGGAACCGAGAUUCGAGUGGUGGGUAAUGACAACGGAGAAAAGCUGUCGAUUCUUUCCGGCUUUAUUUCUCGGCUCGACAGAAACGCCCCCGACUACGGUGACCUCACAUACAACGAUUUCAACACCGAGUAUAUCCAGGCCGCUGCAAGCGCAUCUGGUGGCUCCUCUGGUUCUCCUGUUGUUGAUAUCGAUGGAGAUGCCAUUGCUCUUCAGGCUGGAGGCUCUACCGACGCAUCCACUGACUUCUUCCUCCCUCUCAACCGAGGAAAGCGAGCCCUGGAGUGCAUUCUGCGAGGAGACAAGGUGACCCGAGGCACGAUCCAGACCCACUGGAUGCUGAAGCCCUUCGACGAGUGUCGACGACUGGGUCUAAGUGCGUCAAACGAGAAGAAGCAGCGAGAACUCUUCCCCAGCACUAUAGGUAUGCUGGUUGCCGAGACUGUUCUUCCUGAGGGCCCCUCUGCUGUGCCCCGAGGAGUCAACGGAGUCAAGGUCGAUGAUGUUUCUGAGGAGCAGGCCAAGACUAUUGAGGACGAUGAGGUGGCAGCCACUGAGGGAGGGGAUAUCUCCAUGGCUGGCGAGGAAUCCUUUGUUGUGGCUGAAGAAGAUGCUGCCAUGGCCCCCCUUCUGCUGGAGGGAGACAUUUUGCUGUCUGUAAAUUCCACGCCCAUCUCUUCGUUCAUCACCCUGGAUUCCAUUCUCGACGAGGCUGUGGGAGACAUUGUUAAGGUGACUGUGGAGCGAAACGGCGCCGAAAUCACAUUUGACAUUUAUGUUCAGGACUUGCACUCCAUCACCCCCGAUCGAUACGUUGAGGUUUGCGGUGCCAGCUUCCAGGACCUGUCAUACCAGCUGGCUCGAAUCUACGCAAUUCCUGUGCGCGGCGUCUACGUGUCUGAGGUUGGAGGCUCAUUCCGACUUGACGGACAGGGUAAUGAGUCCAAGGGCUGGGUGGUCGAUUCUAUCGAUGAUAUCGACACUCCCGAUCUUGAUACCUUUAUCAAAGUAAUUGCCGCUAUUCCCGACGGCCGACGAGUUUCGAUCCGAUACAGACAUCUGAGAGACCUACACACCACCAACUUCACCAUCACCUACAUUGACCGGAAGUGGCACUCUAGCUUCCGUCUGGCGGUGCGAAACGACACCACCGGCAAGUGGGACUUCACCGAUCUCAGUAAACAGUACCCUGUACCCAAGAAGGACGAAAUUGUGCCCCAGCGAGCCACCUUCACAGAUCCCAAUCUGGAGGAGGCUGAUGCUGCGUGUGCACCUUUGUCCCGAUCUUUCGUUCGGGUCUCUUGUAUGAUCCCCUACAAGAUUGACGGCUUCCCCCGAACCAUGCGACAGUCACAUGGUCUCGUGGUCGAUGCCGAGAAGGGUCUGGUGCUCGUGUCUCGAUCUAUCAUCCCCUACGAUCUUUGUAACGUGUCCGUGACCUUCGCCGAGUCCGUGGUUGUCCCUGGAACCGUCGUCUUCAUGCACCCUCUGCAGAACUAUGCCAUUCUGCAGUACGACCCCAAGCUGGUGCAUGCCGAUAUUGAGACCGCCAAGCUCUCUUCCACUCCCCUGAAGCAGGGAGACCCUGUGCUGUUCAUGGGCCAUAACCUGUCUCUUCGAUUGGUGACCACCCGAACCAAGGUGUCCGAUGUGACCGCCAUCACCAUCCCUCCCAAUGCCGGAGAGCCCUACUACCGAGCUCUCAACCUGGACGCCAUCACCGUGGACUCCACCAUUCCCAAUGGCUGCACUGCCGGUGUUCUUGCUGAUCCCAAGACUGGUGUUGUGCGAGCCUUCUGGCUGUCCUGCAUGGGCGAGCGAACCGAGGGCCGUCAGCACGAGUACCGACUCGGAAUCGACACCAGCACCUUCCUGGAGACCGUGCAGCGAAUCCGAGCCGGAAAGCCUCCCCAGGAGCGGUUCCUGGACGUUGAGAUCGCCUCUGUGUCCAUGAUCCAGGCUCGAAUCCGAGGCGUGUCUCCCGAGUGGAUUGCUGCCGUUGAGCAGGACAACUCGCAGCGACACCAGCUGUUUGAGGUCAUUCGAACCGCUACACCCAUCAAUGGCAACUCCCAGGCGCUCAAAGAGGGAGACAUUCUGCUGUCCAUCAACGGCAAGCUGCUGACGACCCUGACAACGCUCAGCGAGGCCGGCGACAAGGAGCAGGUGACCAUCAAGCUGGUGCGAAACAAAAAGGAGGAGGAGAUCCAGGCUCCCACCACGGAUUCGGCUUUCGAGACCUCUCAGGCCGUCUUCUGGUGCGGAGCUGUUCUGCAGACCCCCCACCAUGCUGUUCGUCAGCAAAUCAAAAAGAUCCACUCGGGCGUCUACGUGUCCAGUCGAGCCCAGGGAUCUCCCGCUUACCAGUACUUGAUUGCGCCCACCAACUUCAUCACUCACGUGAACGGCACCGCCACUCCUGAUCUGGAGACGUUCCUGUCUGUGGUGACCAAGAUCCCUGACAAUACCUACGUCAAGUUGCGUAUUGUCACGUUUGACAACGUGGCGUUUGCGUGUUCCAUGAAGAUGAACUACCACUACUUCCCCACGGCGGAGAUCAAAAAGGAGGGCAAUGAGUGGGUUGGAUACAGUUAUAAGGACGGUAAGCGAGUCAAGGAGAGCGAUGAAAAUGUCGAGGAGCAGGUGAACGAGGCUGAAAAGCAAGAGUAA